CAAGGAGUGCUGUUCUUUGGAAAAAAAAAAAAAAAAAAGAUCUGUUCUUUGCAGAUGGGUCUUGCUCCGCUUGAUGAUUUACUGCUCAGAUCUCAUGAGAACAAUAUCUCAGCUCUUUCAUAAUUUGCUGAACCUGGUAAACCCUAAAGCUCAGCUCUCUCACUGUGAGUAGCCUGCAAUGUUUUCUUUUUCCAGUUCAAGACUAUCUUUAAAUAAGAUUGUUUCUCUGUUUGUCUCAAAUGCCCAACUGGGUAUUCUUCCCUUUCACUCAUUAUUCGUAAUCAGAUCCUUUUCAUCUAGGGUAUCUUCUAAUUUGAAUGACCACUCAUUUACAGUUUCCUUUCUCAUAAAUUCAUGUGGAUUAACCCUAAAAUCUGCACAAUCUGUGUCUAAGAAGAUAUGUUUUAAAACCCUUGAAAGACCAGACUCAGUACUUAGGCUUCUCAGGGAACAUGGAUUCACAAAUUCCCACAUCUCCAAAAUUGCUAUGAUCAGGCCCAAUGUGCUUUUACUACAUCCUGAAAGGACAAUUUUACCCAAACUUGAGUUUCUAUGUUCUAUAGGGGCUUCAAGAUCAGACCUUUCCGUAAUUGUUUCUCGGAACCCAGAUUUGUUGAAUCGAAGCAUAAAGCAAAAUCUGAUCCCACACUAUCAUAUCCUCAAAAGUAUACUCCUUUCUGAUGUGAAAGCAAUUAAAUGUUUGAAAAACUUAGUAAAAACUUCCAUAGUGCUUUCGCAGAACGACUUUUUUGCCAAUUUAUCACUUUUAAGAGGGCUUGGAAUUCCUCAAUCUUCCACAUCUUUCUUGGUCAUCCAUUAUCCCCAUGUUAUGUGCGUAAAAGCUUUCAGUUUUGCUGAAGGGGUUAAGAAGGUUAUUAAAAUAGGGUUUGAUCCUUCAAAACUUCAAUUUGUUAGGGCACUACAAGUUUUGCUUGGAAUAAAGCAGAAAACAUGGGAGGACAAAAUUGAGCCUUUUAGGAGGUGGGGUUUAUCUGAAGAAGAGAUUUUGUCGAUUUUCAGAAAGAAUCCCUUAUGUAUGGGUCUGUCUGAGAAGAAUAUUACGUGCAGCAUGAAUUUUCUUGUGUGCAAGAUGGGUUGGCAACCUGCCGCUGUUGCUAGAGUUCCAGUUGUCCUGUGCUAUGGUUUGGAGACAAGGAUUAUGCCUAGAUGCUUGGUCAUAAGAGUUUUGCUUUUAAAGGGUUUGAUCAAGGCAGAUGUUCCUUUAUCCACAAUGUUGAUACCAUCUGAAAAGCACUUCUUGGAAAGGUUUGUGAUCAAGUAUCAAGAUCAGGUGCCUCAAUUGUUGGAUAUCCUUCAUGGAAAAAUGAGGCUUACAGAGCUUGGCUUUGGUUUUGAUGAUAAAUCUGCCAUUCUGGAUUAGGAAACACAUAGCAUGCAAUGUGAAUCUUAAGCCUAUGGAUUUCCAUUUCGUGAUGUUUUCUGAUUGAGUCCCUUAUUGCUGAACCGGCAAAGCUUGAAUUAGUAGCUUUUUUAACUUGUCAUUAGUAUCUUAGAGUACUAUUUUUUAUGGUUUAAUUUAAUAGAUUUUUGUUUAAAUGUACAUUGCAGAGCUGAUGAUAUUAUGAAUAGUUUUGAUAACUCAAUUUCACUUUUCAUUAUUGUCUUGGAUGGAGCUUUUUUUUUAGUUAUUUUUUUUUGUGCUUAACUAAAGCUUGGCUAACACAAUGGGUUCCCUUUCCUCAGGCUAAAGAUUUCUUGGGGUGCAUUCAGCAUUUUAAUGUUAGUUACCAGUAUUCCAAAAAUUUGUAGCUUCUUGAAGCUUGCUAAACGUGUAUGUCUUCAAAGGCUACCAAAUUAUUUAUUCAGUUUCCUACUAGUAGACUCUUGAAGAAAAGAAUCUUUAUGGGAAGGGAUAUGAACAGUGGCAAAUGUGUUAAGUAGGAACCUAAAGUAGGAUGGUUUAACCAAUUAUGUCUUUAGAGGAUAUAAGCAGUGUCAGAUAUGCUCUGCAGGAAUUGAAAAGUGGAAUUUGAUCCUCUUAAGCAUGAAAUUUGUCUUGCACUUAUUGGUAUAUAUAGAAGCCUUUCUUGUUGAAGAGAAUCAUCCCCAGGUGACCAAUCACUGGUUUUCUGCUGAUGUAUAUUAAUCAAGAACAUUUUUGUUUUCAAUGUGUGCGGGUAGAGUUCCAAGUGCUAGCAGGAUCCAUCCAUGACUGUGUAGUGUAAGCAGCAGGUUCUUCAGUUGCUAAAUCCGUAGGAGGUGAUGAUUCAAUAUUUGUUGUAAAAUAUUUGAGAAAAAGAAGAUUGGGAGUGCCAUCUCAUAUUUUGGAUGUGA